AUGUCUGAUACAAGUAUAUCGCGAAACAAGAGAAGAAGAAUGCGAGAGAAGGAUAGCAUGAUUAUGCUGAACGAGGAGCUGGUUCAUUUGAGGCAACAAAUGGCUGCAUUGAAAGAAGGAAGCAAUCGUUCGUCAACAGAGAUGGCAGAAUUGCGAUGCACAAACAAGCAACUUCUUGACAGUCUGUUUACCGAACAAGAAAAUUGUCAAGCACCAAGACAAGUAUCCGAGGAACUGGCUGCCUCUCUUGAAGAAAUGGAUGCAUAUAUUUGCCAGUCAGCUACGACAAAGCAUUGCACAUCAUUCAAAGACAAGGAGUCUGAAACGGAUGUUGAAUCUCAACCCGAUCUUCAGAUUUCCAACGACGAUGCAAAUGAAAAAGAAGAUUUGAAGGAAGAAAAUAGCAGCCUCAAGGAAGCAAUCAAGGAGUUACAAAAGCAACUCGCUGACGAGAGAAAGAACAAUGAAGAUAACAAAUUCCAAAUCGAGUCUUUGAGAGUCAAAGCUAAAACAUUUGAAGACCAUUCUACCCUUUUAGCUUACGAGCUCCAUGAAAUGACGGUGGAUAGAAACUCUUUGCUAAAUGCGCUGGAAGGCAAGCACGAGAAGAUCAAGACCAUCGAAGCAAAGUGGAAGGCAAAAGUUAAAAAGAUGGCUGAUCAACAUGAAGUAAAGCUGUACGAUGAGCAGGUCAAGAGUUAUCAACUGCGUGUGCAAAACAAAAAUCUUAAAGCUGAACUCGAUCAAGUGAAGAGCGAGCUGGAAGGUCAGAAGCUGCAACUGACAGUGACAACUUUUCUAAAUGACAUUGUCAAUGAUGUAGAAGGCCUCGUUAAACAGAGGGAAAUUGCGUCACUUAGAGAUCAUAUUCAGCAGCUGCAGUUUGAACUUGCUCAGGCAGAAAACGUGAAGAGGCUUCAACAACACAAAGAGGAGCAGGGAGCAGAGGAAUAUAAGAAGCUUUUUGAUCAAUAUCAAAUUGUUGAACAGCAGAACCAACUGCUUGAAGAAGACAACACACUGCUUAAGAAGAGAGUACUUGUGAUGCGCCAGGAAAAUACUGAGGCCCACGAAAAGUUCUUGGAGGAACAAACUGACCGAAUCACUGCGAAGAUGUCGUUCGUGGCACAAAUAAAGCAGCUUGAAGAGAACUGUACCAGUUUAAAAGAGGCGAAUGCAACCCUAUCUAGAGAUGGCCAACGUUUAAAGCACGCUUUCGAGAGAAAGAACCAAGACAACGAUGGACUGAUGGAAGUCAUCGAGGAGCUUAUGGAAAAAGUUGAGGAGAAAGAAAACAUCAUUGAGGAACUUCAAGCAAAGAAGCGCAGAGGAUGUUUACGAAGAUUGCUCUGCUGGAGAUGA